GGACAUUCACAAAUGGCUGAUCCUCUCAGUAUCACCGCUAGUAUCGUAGGUAUAAUUGUGCCAGCCUUGCACGGCACACGAUUACUACUAGAAGAUCUACAACAGCUCAAAGAUGCACCUAAAACUGUUAAUCGGCUAGUGGAAAAUGUGCAUUCUGUCGAUGCAGCACUCAAAUCGCUUCAAAGUGUAGACGAGAGAGAAUGGAGCCUACUUGGCGAAGGUAUAGCUGAGCAGUCAGAAACGACGAUUAAUAGCUGCACGCAAGCAUGCGACCUUUUCAGAGCUGAUCUUCGGCGAUGGACCAAACACUCAGAAGGUGGAAAAUUAUCAUGGAAGGAUCAAUUAAAGGUCGGAUUCUUCAAACAAGGGCAACUCAAAGCUAUAUCAGAGCAGCUUUCAAACUGUAGGCUUGCUAUUAAUUCUAUUGUCAGUAUAGCAACUUUAUACAGCUCCGUCCGCCAUAGUCAUAUCACGGAAGAAAUCAAGAAAACGAUAUCUGCAAAGCAAAUUGAGGUCAAAGAUGCCAUUUCUACCGGGGACCGACAGCUGGUGGUGUUAGAGAAUAAGUUGGAAGAGCUGAGCCUCAGUAGUGAUGGUGAUGAUGAUGACACAGUUGAAUUCAGGGAGGACAAAACCGAAGCAGUACGACAGUUUGAAGAAGAAUUUUUAGGGAUGAAAGCAUCGCAGAAGUUGUUGACUCAGCUGUUGUCCAAGUCGCAGGAAGAAGCUGUCGCAAAAGCUGCGGGGUAUCAAAACGGUUCAACUACAGUGUCAUCAGUGUCAUUUGGUUCUCAGAACUCAGGUUUUCAAGCUGGGAUCAUUAAUGGUGGAGUUAGUGGAACCACUUUCGGCAGAAACUGAUCAUAUGAUAUGGAAUGCCAAGAUAGAGUCUUCAUGAUAUCACGGUGUGAGGAUAGGCACUAGGCAAGAUGUAUGAUAUUCUACAAGGAGGGAAGACCUUCCGGAGUCUCCUGCCUCAAAAUCAAGGCCUAAAAUUAUGUAAUCACCGUGUGGUCCACCACUGGUGGUCUGAGGAUGAGAUGAUUUGAAUGGUAACUAUCUGCAUUAUUCAUGUUUAAUUUGACAUAACACGUCCUAUUGAGAUGGAUGUAAAUAAAUACAUAUACACAUCGGCAUUCUCAUAAAUGCAAUACCAUAUGUCCAAGUAC